CAGACAGAGGAGAUCUCAGAGGAGCAGCAGGAGGAAGAGAGUGAGGAAGAGGAGGAGUCCUGCUGCUGAAUGAACGGCUUGUUGGAGUGAAGAACAGGAUCUGCUCAGAGGACUGAAGUUCUCCUCCUGCUGCUGCAUCAGGUCAGACCUGCUCACUAACUUUCACCUUUAGCUGCUUUUUACCUUCAACCUCUGAGGUGGGCGGAGUCAGAGCUGCUUCAUCUUCAUCUUUAAUGUCUUCAUGUCUGGAAACAACCUGCAGAUUAUCUCAGUUUUCCAGGUCAAAGCAUGAUGAGUGAUGUCCGACUGUCUGCUGCUCCUCCUUCUCUCUGUGAGGUCACAGCUUCACCAACAGGAUGUGGUUUCCAUAACAACGAGCCUCCAGCUUUCGUCCUGCCGCCUCGAAACGUCAGGGUCAGUCUGGGGGGAGACGCCCGACUGGAGGGGAAGGUGAGAGGUCAACCUGAGCCGCAGGUCACAUGGUACAGAGACGGGAAGCCUGUGAUUGGUGGAGGACGCUGCUCAGUGGAGCGAGGUGGGCGUGGCACUUUCAGCCUCCUGGUGGGCGGAGUCUCAGAGGAGGAUCUGGGCUGUUACACCUGUCAGGCGACCAAUGAGGCGGGGAGCCGGCAGGUUACCGUGGAGAUCCUGCUGGAAGAAAACUACGGGAAGCAAUACAUCCUGCCGUCCUGGAAGAGAUCAGGGUCCCGCUCCUCGAUCCCAGCGAUGGAGAACCGGACCAGCAUCUGGAGCGAGAGUCCACCGAAGUUCAUCUCCAAACCCAGCAGAGUGGUGGUCAGGCUGGGACAGAGCGGGAAGUUCUCCACUAAAACCACGGGACGGCCUCAGCCGCAGGUCACAUGGUACAAGGGGGAGGCAGAGCUUCAGUCUUCUGGUCGGAUCAGCGUGUUCGAACUUUCUGGUCGUCACUUCCUGGAGAUAAAGGAAGUCCAGGUGGAGGAUGCAGGAAGUUACACGUGUUCAGUCACCAACAGCGCCGGAGCGGCCACCGCCAGCGCUGAGCUAAUAGUUCAGGGUGUUGCUGAAGCCUCGUCCAGCGUUCAUCCAUCUGAGGAACCACCAGCCAUGAAACCAGUAGAGGACAGCAUUUCUCCCAGUCCUGGCAGGUCGACUGCAGACCAGCAACAGGGACAAACUGCAUCCCGAAGGAGCAAACCCCCUGUAGAGCUCCCUCACGUGGCUGGAAAGAGUACUGCUGCCGCCCAGAUUCAGUCCAGUCGAGCUGAUCCGGUUCAAACAAUCAAGGUGGCGCCAUCUGCAUCCAGCUGCAGCAGAGCUUUGAGGAGAUCCGCAUCAGGUUCUGGUCUGCGGUUUGAAGCUGUUCCUCUGGACCAGGAGGCCACAGAGGGAGCCCAGGUCACAUUCACCUGCCAAGUCUCGUCUGUUGCUGACGCCAUGGUAACCUGGCUCAGAGACGGGAACCCAGUGAGGACGGGUCCAGGACAUCAGCAGAGACGGGACGGGACUCGUCUGAUUCUCACCAUGGACAGAGUGACGCAGCUGGACAACGGGACAUACGGGUGUCAGCUCACCACUCCUGAGGGACUCAACGUUGCCUCGGCAACAUGGAGGCUGCGCGUCAACCGUGCGUCCAGGUGUCCGGUGUUCGUCAGUGAGCUGCAGGACUGCAGCGUGUCAGAGGGUCAGUCCAUCAGCCUGCAGGUCCGUGUGGAGGGAAAACCUGACCCUAACAUCAGCUGGCUGCUCAAUGGUCGUCCUCUUCCUCCCAGGACUCGAUCCUCACAUGUUGGGGGCGUGGCCAAGCUGAUGGUCCAGAACGCAUCACGCCAUGAUGACGGCGUCUACGUGUGCGUGGCGGAGAACAUCCACGGUCGGGCAGAGAGCAGUGCCCGGGUUCAGGUCAAAGGUAUGGUGCAGUCUGAGAGGUCAGAGGUCGCAGCAGCAGGUCGGGCUCCUCGCUUCAUUCGCCGUCUAAGCGAUCUGAAAGUGAUGGAUGGCAGCAGAGUCUCCAUGACGGUGGAGCUGAGCGGUGAGCCUCCUCCUGUGGUGAUGUGGCUCCAUGACGGGCAGGAGGUGUCGGAGUCGGAGGACUUCCACCUCCUCAGGGAGGAGAACCGCUACACUCUGCUGAUCCAGGAGGUUUUCCCAGAAGACACUGGGGCCUACAGCUGCCGGGCCUGGAACCAGUACGGAGAGGACCAGACCCAGGCCCGGCUCACUGUGGAAGAACCUCAGGACGGCAUCCAGCCCUGGUUCAUCACAAAACCCAAAGCGGUGAGCGCCGUCACAGGUCAACACGUCUUGCUGUCCUGUGCCAUCGCCGGAGACCCGUUCCCCCAGUACACAUGGACCAGAGUGGACCAGAACCGAGCGCUGAGCUCUGGAGGAGACUACGAACUGCUGCAGAAGGAGGACGUCGUCUCGCUGCUCAUCAGACGGGUCAGAAAGCAUCACGAAGGAGACUUCCUGAUCACCCUGAGGAAUAAAGUGGGAGAGUGCAGCGCUGUGGCUCAACUGUCCGUCACUGAAGGAGAACCUGAAGAAGGAGACAGGAGGACCGCAGCAGCCAGAGGAAGACCAGGAGGAGGAGGAGGAGAAAGCAGGAGGGUCAGUCUGCAGAGGCAGGAGGCUGGUGAGGAGGAGAAGAAGAAGAAGGAGGAAGAUCCCCGAGGACUCCUCAAGCGCAGCGUGGAAACGAGGGAGCGCGGUGAAGAGGAGCUGCGACAGAGGGAGGCGCAGCAGCUGGACUUUCGCUCGCUGCUGGGACGCCGAGCUUUGCCCCCCGACGGUGACACCGACACCCAGAAGAUGGAUUUUAAGGCCAACCUCCGGGGCGUCAAAGGCAAGGCGGAGGAGAAGGCGAACUCCCCGCAGCAGGUGGACUUCCGGAGCGUCCUGGGGAAGAAGGGCGCCGCUGGCAGCAACGGCAACAAGCCGGCCGAAACUCCUCCGAAGAACGCUGGAGACUUGCGCUCCGUCCUCACCAACAAGAAGAAGACGACUCCGGCGGCAACCCCUGAGAAGAACGGAGAGAAGGUGAACAACUGCGUGGAUGGAGGGCUUCAUGACCAGAAGAGCGAGGGAGGAAAGGGAGGUGGCGGAGGAGGGACGGCGCCGGAGUUCGUGGAGAAGCUGAAGGACGUGACGGUGCUGGACGGUCAGCGGCUCCGGCUGGAGUGUCGCCUCGCCUCCGCCGCAGCUGCUGAUGUCACCGUCACUUGGACGCUGGACGGGAAAACCGUCAAACCGUCCAAGUUCAUCAUCCUCGCCAACGAAGGCGGCCUCUGCUCUCUGACCAUCGACAAAGCUUUGCCGGAGGACGAAGGCCAGUACAAAUGCAGAGCUGAGCACUCGGCCGGCAGAGCGGAGUGUUCCUGUAUGGUUCUAGUCGACGAUCCACCAGAAAACUCUCCGACAGACAAGAAGUCUAAGAAGGCAGCUCCGACCUCAGAGAGUGAAGCCAGAAUAAAGAAGCCAACUCCAAAGACUCCUCCCAAACAAGCUUUGCCUCCUCAGAUCCUCCAGUUCCCAGAAGAUAUGAAAAUCCUGGCAGGAGAAAAGGUGGAGAUCCUCUGCAAAUACUCCGGAGCUCCACCCAUCACCUGCACCUGGCUGAAGUUCAGGAAACCAAUCCAGGAGGGAUCCUCGGACGUCUCCAUAGAGAGCACAGACAGCAGCAGUAAGCUGACCAUCACCAGCGGGCAGCAGGAGCACUGCGGCUGCUACACCGUGGAGCUGAGGAACAGCUACGGCCUCCGACAGGCCGCACUCAACCUCACCAUUGUCGACAAGCCCGACCCCCCAGCAAAGGUCCCCGCGACCUCUGACAUCCGGCGCUCCAGCCUGACCUUGUCGUGGUACGGGCCGACCUACGACGGCGGCAGCGCCGUGCAGACCUACCAUCUGGAGAUCUGGGACUCCGUGGACCAGCAGUGGAAGCAGCUGGUGUCCUGCAACAGCACCUCCUACAACAUCCAGAACCUUCUUCCAGAACGACAGUACAAGUUUCGAAUUCGAGCUCAGAACAUUUACGGCAUCGGAGAGCCGAGUGCCGAGUCUGAAGCCGUAACAAUGGGACUAGUGGACGACGAUAACCAGGAUGAUGCUGAGGCAGAGGAGGAGGAUGAAGACUCGGAAAAAGAGCCAGAGUACCGAGACGUGACCAUCAAAACCGAUGUGAAGGUGAAGGAGCUUUACGACGUGGAGGAGCGGCUGGGAACGGGGAAGUUUGGUCAGGUCUUCAAGCUGCAGGAGAAAUCCACGAAGAAGGUUUGGGCUGGGAAGUUUAUCAAGGCGUAUUCGGCCAAAGACAAGGAGAACGUGCGACAGGAAAUCAGCAUCAUGAACUCCCUGCAUCACCCCAAACUGGUCCAGUGUGUCGACGCCUUCGAGGGCAAAUCCGACAUCGUCAUGGUGCUGGAGAUGAUCUCUGGCGGCGAACUGUUUGAGCGGAUCAUCGACGAGGACUUUGAGCUGACGGAGAGGGAGGUGAUUAAAUACAUGCUGCAGAUCAUCGACGGCGUCAACUUCAUCCACAAGCAGGGGAUCGUCCACCUCGACCUCAAACCAGAAAACAUCAUGUGUGUCAACAAAACUGGCAGCAAGAUCAAACUCAUCGACUUCGGCCUCGCCCGCCGGCUCGCAAACGCUGGAACUUUGAAGGUUUUGUUUGGGACUCCAGAGUUUGUGGCUCCUGAAGUGAUAAAUUAUGAAGCCAUCAGUUACCCCACAGACAUGUGGAGUAUAGGAGUCAUCUGUUACAUCCUGUUGAGCGGUCUCUCUCCCUUCAUGGGCGACAACGACAACGAGACUCUGGCCAAUGUUACCUCGGCGACCUGGGACUUUGAGGACGAGGCCUUCGAUGAAAUCUCUGAAAACGCCAAAGACUUCAUCACCAACCUGCUGAAAAAAGACAUGAAGGCUCGGCUGUCCUGCCCUCAGUGUUUUGAACACCCCUGGCUGAAACAAGACACCAACACCAUGAAGACUACCAAGCUGUCCAAGGAGAGGAUGAAGAAGUACAUCCUGAGGAGGAAGUGGCAGAAAACGGGUCACGCUGUUCGAGCGAUUGGCAGACUCUCCUCCAUGGCCAUGAUGGCUGGAGUUAGUGCAAAGAAAGGCUCACCCACUGAAGAGGAUAAUCAGUUCCUGGAGUGUUUGGAGUACGAACAGAAGACGGAGAGUAAACCCACUUUCACUUCAGUCAUUAAAGACGUGGAGGUGGUGGAAGGCAGCGCCGCUCGCUUCGACUGCAAAAUAGAAGGAUACCCUGACCCUGAGGUGGUUUGGUACAAAGACGACCAGCCAAUCAAAGAGACCCGACAUUUCCAGAUCGACUACGAUGAAGAAGGAAACUGCAGUUUGAUCAUUUCAGAGGUUUCAGGUGACGACGAUGCCAAGUACAUGGUGAAGGCCGUCAACAGUCUCGGCGAGGCGACGUGCACAGCAGAUCUGCUGGUGGAGGUGAUGGCUGGAGAGGACGAGGAGGAAGAAGAGGAAGAAUAAAGAUUCCUGUUGGACAUUUAGGAGGCCUGCUGCUCCUCAGCCUGUCAGAAAAUUCACCCACAGUAACAUUUAGGGGUGGGAGGUGCAGGUGGGCGGAGUUUCUCAUACCUGAAUCUGAGCAUGUGCCGAUCUGCAGCCGAUUCGCUCUGAUUGGUCGGUUGAUGUGUGACAAUCUUAAAGCACAUCAAGCUCCAGGUAGGAGCUUGAUGGGCCCUGAUUCCAACAGGAAGUAAAGCGUAAAAGACUGACAUAUGCUAAAUUUUUCCCAUAUUAUAAACCAAAAUGUCUUUUUCACACAACAUAUUUGGCUUUAACACUCUGUUUUAGGGUGUUUUCACACAUGAUAGUUUGCAAUUGGAGACCAAAACUGCAACAUUUGUUUCAUUUUCAGGAGGUGCAGUUCACUAUGUCAAACGAACCAAAACAAUUUAAAAAGUUGUUCCCCUCCCAGGCUGUGGGGGCGCUGCAACAAGAACUACUGAAGGAAACCGCACAAAAACCUCUGAAGAAGAGAUGAGUGCAACUUCCUUCUUCAGGAAAUGUAAACAAAUGGAGUAGCAUCAGAUUUUAUCGGUUGUAGGAUUUCUCUUCAGUCUUCAACAAAAGCCAUUUCUCCCAGUAGCAGUAGACUUUUGCCUUUGUUUUGGUUGUAUUUACCCAGAAUGCCGUGCUUUGUAGUCUGCUUCCUGCUUUUGUUUCGGUCUCCAGUAAGCUUGGCCUUCACAUAUACAUUCGAACCACACUAGAGUUCACUUCAAUCAAACCGAGACCGAAGUUUGUAGACGGACCAGUUCUUGCUUUUUAGUUUGCAUCAGAGUUUAUUUUACAUUCACAUCUCUCCAAACAAAUCAGACUUUCUAGACAAAUGAACUAGAGUUUGAUUAAAGUGGACUAAACAGGGUUGGUGUGAAUGCACCAAACAGUUCAUCCCUGCAGCUUCCUGUGUUAGACUCCGCCCACCUGAUGCCCCGCCCACCAUCCCAUCUCAUAUGAGGUCACAUCAGUUGAACUGUCUUCCUGUGAACAACUGUUCCUCCAAAAUAACCACACAGACACUUCCUGCCGUUUCACAUGAAGAUCAGCCAUAACCAGUUCCUGAUUUUACAAGAUUCACAAUUUAAAAACAUCAAAUAUCUUUCUCACUUGGACUCUGAAGGUUCCUCCAACAGGCUCCUUCCUGCCUUACAGCUUGCUUUCAUACGAUUGUUCAGUUUAUGGAAGCUGUGAUGUCACUGAACUUUAACCUGUACAUGUUUAAUUCAUAAUGCCUCACUUUGUCCCUGUUUGAUUUGAAAACAACGUUCCAAAGCAUGAGGAAAGUUUGCCAACACUUUAAGUUUAACCUUUUUGUCUGAUCCAAGUGCAGGAGGGAACAGAGUGAAGAUGGCCGACCCGCCUUCUUUAAAUUAAACAUGAUUGGAGUCAAACGUUUGUGCAGCAAACAUUUUCAUGUGCCACUGUGAUUUUAAAGAUAUUAAUAAAUGUUUCCAAACGUCAUCAAAGGUUAAGCAGUACUCCCAUAUUUACAAUAUCAAAUUAAAUAUGGUGUCAAUCAAAUGUGCUAUGUUUAUGCUAGUUUGCAAACAAACUAGUAUAAACUACUUUAUGCUCAAACAUAACUCUGUUUGAGAAUCUGUUAUUUUGAAGAUGUAAAAAAAGUUACCUCAGAUAUUUGUGCUGCAAAAAUUUUCUUUUGUCCCACUAUACUUUUCAAGAUUUAAAAAAAGUUACCAGAGAUCACCCUGCCCUCACAGUGCCACAUUAACUAAAUCAAAAUUAAUAUGCGUUAAUUUAGCUGUUUGUGCUGCAUAGUGUUUUUGUUUGUGCUGCUAUAAUUUGUAAGAUUUAAAGACAAAAGUUUCCAGAGGCCACCAGAAAUUAACUUACCCUUCCACUCCCACAUUAACAAAAUUGAUCUAAAUUAUUUUUGCUAGUUUGUUCAGUUAUUGACACCAAAUUUUCUUUACUUUGUAAACGUGGACUUGCUGAUUGACCUUUGACCUCUGGAAGCAUUUAAAUGUAAUCCUUCCUUUACACAGGAAAAAUCUCUUGAAACUCAUUAUCUCAUUUACAAGAGGCGCCUGCAGCAUACUUUACAAAAACAUAAAAACAGUUACAAUCUACCAAAUAAUUCUAAAAAUACUGUAAGUACUAUACAUUGACAAUUAUUAAUAUCUUUAAAAUGACACCAACACAAAUGAAAAACGUUUGACACUUUCCUUUAAUCUGAGGAAGGUGUGGCGGCCAUCUUUACUCAGCUCAGGUCACUGUUUCUGUGCCUUAACGCUGCGCUGAGCCCAGUCUGAACUGGACGUUCUGCAGUGAUCACAUUUGUUCUUUAUCUUCUGCAACUGAGCUUCUCCUGUUGAUAUCCGACAAUCCAGCUUCACUCUUUAUCUUCAUUUUGUGUUUCAGCUGCAGGUUUGCGAAGCUUCAGUCACGUUUGGCCUCCUGCUGUUAGCCUUAAAGCGUCACCCUGAGUCAGAGUUUCUCCGUCACGCUGUGGGACGAUUUUCUUCCUCUGUGGCCUUAAAAAACUGUUCAUGAAUCAGGAAAAUCUCAAACCUCAGCAUGAAUUCCCCAGUUUCUGACUCCAAGCAUCACAUAGGAGCAGAUUAAAUGUUUCAUUGGAUUGCUGUGAAGUCUCUCUGUGUGGCGGCAGAAACUCUGGGUGAAAGUCACAUUCCAGCUGUUUGUGUUUGAACCUUUUCAUGAAAUCUGAUUCCUCUUAAAAAUCAGACACCAAAGAUGUUUGUGUUUUUUCUGCUAACUCACAGGGGUGUUUGUGUGCGCGUGUAUGCGUGUGUGAGUGUUUCCUCUGCAGUUUUCAACCAUCCGGUUUGUGUGUUCGGAGUCUGUUUUUUUGUUAUUUAAUGCACAGAUUUUUAAUUAUAUGAUAAUUAUUCCAGAAAGGUGUUGCAGCACUUCAUGUCCUCGCCUAUUAAAGCAGAGGUGGACUCACUCUUUGUUUUGUUUUUGUAUUAGAUGUAUGUAGAUUUAAUUACUUUAAUUUUUAUAAAAAUAUACCAGUUUGAUGAACUGUAUGAGAACACUACGACUGUAGUUACUCACAGAAAACAAAUAAAUUUUUAUCACUAAA